UUCUGGGCAGGUAGGACUAGGUGCCGACUCUCUUGGUUGUCUUUUUCAGGAUUUGAAAAUAUUGCCACCUAUAUCACCUGCUUUACUCUGGCAGUGUUCCUGCAAAUAUUUUAUGAUAUUUUGACUUACUGAACUAGUCGAUCGCUGUGGAAGUCCUGUGGUUUGCCUCUGCUUUUACAAGUGUUGGAAUAAUUGUUUAACUGUUAGAAUAAUAUUUUUGCUUCAGAAAUCUGGAUUCACGUUUUAAUUUUGGAGUUGCUAAAUAUGACUGCAUGUGUGUGCAGUUAGUUGACAUAUUUAAAUGGCAGAAUUGUUUUGCUUUCAACUGAUGGGGUUUUUCUUGAGCAUACAAGAGCUGCUAAGAUGUUCUCAGCAGCUGCCUGAAUCUCUACAAGUAAUGUUCAGUCCCUAUUAUGUGAAAGAAGACAUUGUUCCUUUUUUUCUGUACUGUUAUUAAUUUCUCUGUGUAACACAUUUGCCUUGUUGAAGUGUUGUGAGUUUUUUUUCAUGAAGCUAUGUUCUCUUUGUGCUAUGGCUUGCAAAUAUACUGGACAUUUGGAGCACUAGGGGCAGGGAUUUCAGUGUAUUUCAUGGAGACCGCAGGGUUAUUUGUGUUUGGGGAAGGAAUGUUAGUGCACACUGGCAGUAACUUCAGACCAUUACAAAGAUUGUUGAUUGUUAAUUUUUACAUUUGUUUCAGGAAACUUUGGAGUUGUGCCAUUCAUUACUGUGGCAUCGCUUUUGUUUGGGAUCAGAUGAAGUAUUUUAGUACUGUGUCGAAUUUGUCAGCAAUUCUGAUCCAUCAGUAACUGGAUCUGUGUUUUACUUUUGCUUGUUUGUCAGAAUUGUCUUGAACUGAUUUUGUGUAUUGCUUUUUCUGCCCCGCCCAUCCCCUCUGUCCUUUCAAUACUCAGGGUUAAUAUGAAGUUAAAAAUGUACAUAAAUCUGUAAGCAGCAGAACUGUAAAGUAGUCAAACUUGUAGAAAAAUCUCUAAUUUGAGAUAAGAUAGACUAACAAAAGGUGGCGGUUAAUUAGAAAGCAAGUGGAUGAAGGUUUAACCUUGAGAUAAUAUCUGUGCAUUAUAAUUUCCACCACCGUAGUCCCUUCAUCAGUCUUUGACAGAGUCAAAAAGCUGUUUUGAGGUGUUCAUAAUCCCUCUGAAGAAGAGGAAGUUAAUUAGCUUCAUGCAGAUAUAUUUUAAUGAAGAGGUGAUGGCUGCUAAGAUCCUGUACUAUUAUAUUAUUGCCAGGUUUGACUUUUUUUGUUUUGUUUUUUUAAACGGAAGCUGUCCCUGAGAAAAGUGUUUUGUUGCAGAACAGUAGCAUCCUACUAGGAAGCAGAAGUUUAAGUGUUUAUUUUUCAGGCUGAAGGAAUUUUUCCUUUGCCAAAAUAUGUUUAAUGGCAACUACUUGCUAUGUAUUCUGAAUGUCUGUUAAAUAUUGGUCUGGGAGCAUAACAGUUGGUGAAGAUGUAUUGUUAACCUGUGUUUAUUUGUGAAAAGCUUUCUGUUUUGCUAUUUUUAUUUCGGAUACCUAUGGAUGUGGGUGUUUAGAAGUGCGAUUUUUGUUUGAAAAUGUUACAAUUCCCUUACAAAGCAAGGUGCCUACUGAAGAAUUCUGCAACUAUUUACACAGGGGAAUGAUCAAAUUUUCAGUAAUAUAUGCAAAUUAAUUCUGAUUUCCUGAAAAUGGAACAAGCAAGGACACUUCUUGGGGAGUAUUUAGUGUGUGGCCUUCAGUUUUAUUCCCUCUUGUCAUUUUCAAACUGAUCUUGCUUUUUCAGUUCAAUAGCAGUGUAUCCUCUGAAAAAAAAAAAUGGGCUGUCUCGUUUGCAUGCUGCCUUUUUUUUAGUUUCUUUUUUUGAUGGGUGCUUCUUGUUUAAGCAGUGGAUUUAAUGACAAGGUUUGCUCCCCACGCAAAAUAAAUCCUGAGCCUUAGUACCUGUCCUGAAAAAUUAAAUUGCUGUUUUUGGAGUGUAUAUGAUUGACUUUACAGUCUUUCAGUCUUCUUGUACAGCUUUAACUGUUUAUGAAGACCUUGUGGCAUAGUUGAUACCUCUAUAAAGAGAGCAGUUACCCACUAUGCUGCAGGAAUUUAAAUAACUGCAGUGAAGAACAUGCAGGGUUUCAAGCCCUUUGUUUAUUAAUCAAGAACAUCCUUUGAAAUGCACGGUUGGUUAAUAACUUUUAAGAUCAUGGAAGUGUUGAACUAUAUGUAUUUCUUUGGGGUGAGCAGUCAUUCAAUUGGGUCAUGUGUGGCCAACAUAUGCCUGUAGAAAGGGAAACAAACACACUUUAAAAUGAAAUAACAAGUAUUUAUUACUUCCAGUACACUAGUACCACUUCUAGUCAAGCUUCUCUCCACUGUCCAAUAUUACCAACUGUUGGCCACUGCUAAAAUUUGGCUGGUAAUAGCUGUUUAGGUGACAAAAGUGCUGAAAACGACAAGUAAAGUGCUCAAGAAGAUGUGAUUGACAGUCCUUAAAAAUAGUAGCCUGCAUCUCUCUGCUCCUACAGCCCUGACAAUCUUCAUUUGUUUAUAAGACAAGUCCCAGAAGUUGUCCAUGUUCUCUUAUGUAAUGCUUGUUGGCAGCAAGUACGACACAUGUGGGUCUGACAGGUUAUUUAAUGAUGUCACAAUCAAAGUGUCAGGAGCAAUAAGGUCACAACACGUAAGACUUAUGGGGUGCUGCCUCCUUGGGGUACCCAUGGAGUUCACAGGCAGCUUCACAGCACAGCCAGGCUCGGGAGGACAGGAAGGACAAAGCUCUUUUUCAUCGUUUGGGGUGGAGGAGGGACAGAAAUACAAUGGUUUCACUUCUGUAACAAGUUUUAUUGGUCGGCUAUUGGAGAUCUGCAGCUGGGAUGUGACAGCUCUCAGGACAUCUGGAGAAGGCAAGUUCAUCUUUGCAGGCCCAGAUUAUUCCUCAGUGGGAUGGUUAUCUGGUACUGAAUCCCUGUGGCAGUCCACAACCAUUUCAUCGAGCAGUCAGAGCAAUCCCGUCAGAAGACACAGUAUAGCUUCCGACAGCGGGGACACUGGGAUUGGUACCUCCUGUUCUGAUAGUGUGGAAGAUCAUUCAACUUCAAGUGGUACAUCCUCGUUUAAGCCCAGCCGAUCACUGGUUUCUAUUCCCACUGCCCAUGUGAUGCCGUCUAAUGCCAGCUCUUCACUCUCCAGACACAGGGAAGCUUUCAAGUCCGAUGGCUCAAAAUGGAGUACAAGCUUCGUACGGUCAGGAGGAGGCAGAAGUCCGGGUGCCCUGGACAAUUCUCUUGACAUGAAGGAUGCAAGACCCGUAAGAAAGUGGUCCUCCUUGUCUAAACUCAGCUCACCAAAUACCUUCAGCCAAGAUGGUAGUAGUCAUUCAGUGGACUCCAGGGCUAGUACAGACAAAGCUGUGUCAUCACAGUUAAGGACAAAUGGACCAAGUUGUUUGCAUAAUAGCAUGGAGUUGCUAAAAAUUGAGGACAAAGAAAUGGGGAAAAGGCGAUCUUCUCUACUAGACUGCAAAUACAAAUUUGAAACAUGCAGCAAAGAUGAUUUUGUUUCAGAUUCCUCAAGUAGGAAACAUGCCUUAGACUUGACCUACAGUGCCUUACCUGAAAGCAAACCUAUGGGAGCCAGUUGUGAAGCUUUCGGACAGCGAUACGCAACUCUGGGACAGCAGGCUGUGGGUGGAGCUCCCAUACAGCCAGCAGUGAGGACUCAAAUGUGGCUUAAAGAACAGUUACGUGCAAACCCUCUGGACUGCAGGACUACUGGGGAGCCCUACGGUGUAGCUGCAUGGCAUGUGCAGCAGCUUGAAGAUUUUAGAACAGGAGGUGAACAGCCUGUGCAGGUUCCGACAGGAACAUCUCGUCAAAGUUACCCAACUACCAGCUAUCAGGACUUCAGCAACUGGGAAUCUCUAAUGAAAAUUAAAGAGGGGCUGCUAAGACAGAAAGAGAUUGUGAUCGAUCGGCAAAAGCAGCAAAUUAAUAAUUUACAUCAGAGAAUAAGGGAGAAUGAAUUACGAGCUCAACACGCAAGACUGAGCCAUCUUGCAAACUGCGAAGAACCUUAUGUGACUAAUUUGCAGCAAGCACAGUAUGAGAGCACAUCACUGCAACCUCACGUUUCAGAAAGAUCAACAUCCCACCUUGAGGAGCUUGAGCGAAAGAUCGCAGCAGCUGAGAAUAAGGAAUUACAACUCAGUGAAUUCGUAAAACAAAUUUCAAACAAAUCUAGUGAGGAGAAAAAGAAGAUGGAGGAGAAACUUAAAACUAGAGACCGAUUUAUUAAUAGCCUGAAAAAGAAAUACCAGAAAGAGUCUGAGCAAAACAAAGAAAAACAAAGACGAAUUGAAACGUUAGAAAAAUAUCUGGCUGACCUACCAACACUGGAUGAUAUAGAAGGGCAGACUAAACAGCUGCAAAUUCUAGAAGAGAAGAAUAAGGAACUUCAAGAAACUAUGACUGAGUUGGAAAAGAAGCUCGCAGAGGCCCGAUCGCAGUGCAGAGAGAGAGAAUUGCAACUGGUGUGUCAGAAGAAAAAAGAAAAAGAGCUGGUCACAACAGUACAGAGUUUACAGCAGAAAGUAGAAAAAUGCCUGGAAGAUGGUAUUCGUCUUCCCAUGUUGGACACAAAACAGCUUCAAAGCGAGAAUGAAUGUCUCAAAGAAAAGAAUGAGAAAGCCAGUAAGGUCAUAGACAAUCAACAAAAUCAGAUAGCCGGACUCCUUUUAGACAUGCAGUCUAUGCAAGAGACGCUUCUGCAAGAAAAGCUGGUAGUUCAGAAGAUGACAAAUGAUCUUGAAGAAAAAGAAAAGAAUAUAGAGCAGUUAAACAAAGUUCUCUCUGAAAACCAAAGACUGAUGGAAGAGAAUGCUUCCCUGAAGGAGCAGAUGCGGCAGAUGGAGCAGUCCAGGCAGCCAGUGUCUGAGAAGAUGCCGGUCGCAGACCAGUUGUUCAAGGAGAUGUCCCAUUGCUUGUUUGACUUGAAAGCACUAUGCAGUAUUCUCACCCAGAGAGCUCAGGGCAAGGAGCCUAACCUCUCCCUACUGCUGGGAAUCAGAUCGCUGAGCUGUUCAGCUGAAGAGAAUGAAAAUUACCACAGCACAGAAACCCUUUCGAAGAAGCUCUUGGACGUUUGUCAGUUACGAAAGGAUAUUGAUGAAUUAAGGACUAUAAUGUCGGACCGUUACGCUCAGGACAUGGGGGACAACUGCAUUACUCAAUGACAACAUUUCAUCUAGUAGCAAAUGACUUAUUAAAUGCUGCUGUGUCACAGGUCUUUGCGUUUCUAUUAAGGAGCCAUAUCGGAAAACUGCAAAUAGCAUCGCACGUGCAUCUCUCUGAGAAUUGUGCGUAUUGGAUCUCGGGAGUCUGGUGGAGAGGAGAGAGUCAUCGUUUGAACAGAGUGGUACAAACUACAAGAAAUCUUUAAACUACUGAAUGUAGGAACAAGCUGUGAAGAAUGAUUCAGUUGGAUGCUCUGCUUCCUUCAUUAGGCCUCAUUUUAUUGCUUCACCUAGUUUCUGGAAUCAGAGUAUCAAAACAGCUGUGCUGCUACUCCUCUCAGUCCUUUCGUUCAUCAAGGGUUUGUAUGGAAUUAUCUGUGUUCUGAAAUGAAAGCAGAGGGUUGAAGGACCUAGAGCUGUGUGCAGUGAAGCCAGAGGCUUCUGCAACUGCACUUCACUCUGGGAACUGCAAUUGGAACAAUCUAGGAGCAUUCACUCUUCAAGUUGCCUAAAAAAUUUGAUAUAGGAAAGAUGUUUUUAGCAAUGGGUGUCUAGCUUGUUCGCCCAAUAGCGGAAGAAAAACAAGUUAUAACUCCUUUAUGCAGAUGAAGUGAAUAAAUUAUAGGCGUAUAAGAUUGUUUUAAGCACUCUCGCAUUUGCUGUGAGAAGUUUCAAUAACAUUGAAGUUUGUGACAAACCCAGAUAAGCUGGAAGGCAUGAAACUGCAGCAUAGUAUGUGGCUGUCAGGAAAUAAAUACUGUAUUUUAGCAUUUGUACCAUCCUUAUUUUUCCCUUAUGUCAUCUCCAUUUUAAAAUGUGGCUGGUCUGUGUUCCACCCCUGAAGGCCUCUGCUGAGGCUGCAAACCGGGUGUUAAGCAUUUGGCAAAAUCAGGGCUUAUAACAGAAUGAUUCCACUUAGCAGUAUUAAGUACUUGGUUAUCUGAGGACUGCAAAAUUUUCCGCGUUGUUUGGGAAUUCUUGAUUUCUCCAUUUAUGUAGGAAGCAAUUACGUUUAAAAAAGUGAGAUCAUGUUCCGUAGUUUAUUCAGUGAGUGUCACUUGGCUGUGCUGUUGCACUCCUGUGGGACAGAUGACAUAAAUGCUUCUAAUUUCCUGGAACAACACUGCAAGUUAGCUGCACAGUUAUGUAUGGUGUAAAAUAGUAUUUAACAGAAGGAAACAAAAACUUGCAAACAGCAAAACCACUCUCAAAUCCCACUGUUAAAGAAAUUAUGGGCAUCAGUUACAUAUAAUGUAUUAAAAGAAGGCUGUGAUUAACAAAUGACUAAUGUGCAAGUUAGUCAACUGACCCAUAAUGUGGGUAACAGCAGAAAUCUCAGAGAAAGCUUAACGGUUAAAACCAAGUCAAUUCUAGGGUAAGAUUUUUAUGGCAAAAGUGUUAAUAUCUUCAGUUUUCUGAUUAUAUUUAUGUUACUAGAAAAAAAAUUGUAUAGCAAUGUAGACUGGUUACCAGUUUUAACUUGGUGAUGUUUUGCUUUCUGUUCGUUGUUAAACAGUUACAAUUUUUUUAUAUAUAUAAUUUAGUGAUUUAAUUUUUUUUAGCUAUGUGGACUUAUUUAUUUGACAGUUUUCUCUAUCCGGAACCUACACAUGGACUAAUUUGUGAAAAAUAGGGUUACUAUUUAUGUUAUUGCUACAUGGUGUUUUCAGAUAGAUUAAUCUGACUUGUUCAGCUUCUGUGAGCACUAAAACAGUGUCUAGAUGAAAUCUCGAGUGAAAAAUGCCUAGUGUCUCUACUUCAAGGUAAAAAACAAGGCCAUUUUGUUUUGAAUUUCUGUGCUCUUUCUGUAGUUUGAGGGUGUGCUUUUACACUAGGGCACAACUGAAGACAAGGAUCUUUGCACUCAUGGGCUUGCAGAGUUUCCUGUGCCUCUGACAGCAUUGGCGUUUGUGACCGGGGCCCGGGCUCGUUCCUUUGGUGCGGUCUGUGGGGUUUGGCCCUGAAGGGAAGCAACAGUCUCCUGUUCAUGGCAUCCAUGUCUGUCGGAGUGCAACAAUAGCAUUUCAGAUAAUGAAGUAUUAGGGAGAGAAGAAACACCCAAGUUGCAUGUUAUUAUUUCCUUAGAUAGAAACGUAUCUAUAAAAAAUUACCAAGCAACACACUUUUCUAAAUUGGGUGGAAAUAACAAGGAGUUUAAUAGAGCAAUUAGAGAGGAGCAGAUUUUUUGAGUCACUUUGAACCAUUAAGCUGGUCACUUGGCUGGUGUCCUUCAUGUUAAAUGGUGACACUGCACUGCAGAGUUGAGAUCAGUAAUUUGUAUUUGCAAAGCGCUUCAGGAGCUUUAGUGCUCUUCAAGUAUUAGUCGAAAGUCCCUCAGCCAGGAGGUCCCAUUUUAUUUGUAAUACUUUGAUUGCAGUGCUGUAAUUUUGCAUUGUAAUAUUUUUAUUACAGAACCUGUAAUAUUUAUGUUGACUUUAAAGCACUUGAUUUUAAAAACCCUUGAGUUUAUCUGCCUCAGUCAAAUGACAGUGGAGAGGUAAAUGGUGGAUGUAUGAGCCAAAGAUGCAGGCUACCAAUUGACUAUAAUGAUACAGUAUUUUGCUUUGAUUUCUGAAAAUUUGGCCUGUUGUAGUAGUAGCAAUUACUAUAUAUGCAUCAGUUUACAGAUGCCACUAAACAGAAUAAGCUUUGUCUAAGAUAUGCAUGAUUGUUUAAUUGGUUAAAAUAUAGUGUGUGUGGUCUCAUUCAGCAUAUUUAAUAUAAAGUCGAUUAACGAAUGUUAGCAUUGGAAUUGCUUAGAUUUAGUCAUGACAACUUUUUCUGUAGCUGUUGGACAAUCUAAAGGGCUGAAUAACAACUGCUAGUGAAUGGACACUGUACCAUUCUGGCUGUCAGCAAAUUUGUACAGUAGCUUUUUGUAUAGUUUCAGAUUGAAUUAUACAAUCCCUUAUAAAAUAUUUACAGUAACUACUGUAUUCAAGAAUGUAUUUUGAAGAAGACUUGGAGAGCAAUUGUCUUUGGACAAGCUAUAGCUGAUGCUAUGCAUUUGCUAUAUAGAAGUAACACAGCUCAGUUGUGUGGCUGUGGUGUAGGUUGGUGGCCUCAGCUGUGCAGCUCAGUGGUGUGACAGUUGUGUGGCACUGCGGGGGUGGCUCUAACCACCCACUCGUGCUCCCGUGUUCGCAGCUGCCAGUGGCCCUGAAGUCAUUACAAGAGCUGAAGUUUUGUCCUUUUCACCUCAAAAGAUUUGUCUCCUUCCCUCCUUCCCUCCUUCCCGCCUUCCCUCCUUCCCGCCUUCCCGCCUUCCCGCCUUCCCGCCUUCCCGCCUUCCCGCCUUCCCUCCUUCCCGCCUUCCCUCCUUCCCUCCCCCUCGCUGUCCGGUUUUUGUUUCAAAUGGGGUUUUGGACGUUUUUCUUGCAGGGUAAGAGCACAAAGCCAGCAAACCCUUCCUGCCCCACCUGCUGCCCUGGCGCAGGCAGGCACGGCACACUGCACUCGCUCCAUGUGCGUGUAGUUUGCUCCAGUUUUCAUUGUCCUUAUCAAUAAUGUUCCACAGGUGGAGUUGGAGGUAUAAUUGGGCUCUUCUCAUUGAUGUGACAAGUUCUGUCAUGAGUGGGGAAAAGAUCUUCUGAUCUAAGCUGCAUUCUUUGACAGCAAACAAAUCAAUGGUUAUUAUCUUAAAGGGAUGAUUUAUUCCAGCAGCUCAUUAGCAAUAUUAAUUCCACAGCUGCAUACCUUUGUGCCUUUUGUGCCUGAAGUAAGUGUAAAUUCCCUUUGAACUUGAGAUAGGUUGUUAGGAUGCUGAUGACUGCACCUUGUUUUCCUCUUACCCGCCAAUGUUUUCUUUAUAAUGCUUUGUAGUAACAACUCUCACAUAAUGUCUAGAAACAGAAGUACUUAAACUGGGUACUGUGUGUACACUCUGAAUGUUAGGCUGGUCGUAGUAUGCAGCGGUUUUGAAUACGGAGCACGAGCAGGAAACUGAAAUCAUAAUGUGUUUGUUUUGUGUAUAUUAAUUCCAGUAUAUCAUUAGUUCAGUGGGGAGGAGUGUCUGGAGCUAUCUUUUAAAAGCACAGCUGACAUAUGUACUGGAUCAGUCCCUGAAGACUGGUAGUUUUGUAAAUUGGGUUCAAUUUUUGAACCUCUCAGAAUACCUCAUAUGUAAAUAGAGUUGUCAUGACUUAAAUCACAAUGUGUUCAUUGUAAAAAGUAAAGGAGCCACUGGCUGGCUCAGCUUUAGGCUUGUUAUUCUUGCCUCUUUUUGUAAUUUUUUUUAAAGUAGGGUUUACAGCUAGAAUUUUGAAUGCCAAAGUUCUAUUUAUUAAAUAAUAAUAAAAGUUUUCAUUGUUAAUGACUGGUAUUUUUCCACUGGAAUUUGUUUGUUGAUGUUUGGGAUUUGUAUCCACAGAGCAAAAAUAAAUUUUGUUACAAAAGUGA